AUGUACGCCAUCUCACAACAGCACCCUUACGCCUACGCCGCAGUCCCGGCACCGGCCCCCCCUCCUCCCAGGCACUGCUCCAACCACGGCACCAGCAGCGCCUUCAGCAGCUCUGCCCACCCCGACGAGGACUGGACCAAGAUCUCAGACCUUGCCGAGCGCAGGAGGAUACAGAACCGCAUUGCUCAGCGUAACUACCGCAAGAAGCUUAAGCGCCGUCUGGAGGACCUUGAGCGCCGCGCUGGAUCCGAGGAGGGCGACGCUGAGAAGCAGCCUUCGCCGGUGCAGAGCACCGCCAACCCCAGCAAGGUCACCAAGCGCCAGUCCAUCUCCAAGGCGCACAAGGCUCACCAGCCUGCUCCCGUCCGCCUCCCGACGCCUCCCAAGGCCAUCGUGUCCCAGGGCCAGUUUACUCCUCCCAUGGAGUCGCACGAGGAGCUGGCCUUUGCUCCUCCCGCCUACCACCACCACGACGAGCGCGAGCGCUCCAACACGCCGCCCGUCUUCUCCUACACGACCUACCCGGCUCCCGACGAGCUGCUCAUCAAUCCCUACGGAUCUGCCCACGCCUAUCCCACCAUGACCACCUCGGAGGCCUACCCCAACUACCUGACCGCCACCGCCAUGCCCGCGUCGCUGCCGCCUCUGAGCCACUACAGCGAGCCCAUCAAGCGCGAGCUGUAUCCCGACAACGUCAUCAGCCCCUACAUUGGCUACGGCUUCAUGCCGACUCACGACAUGGGCAUGCCCACUCCCUACGACCCCUCCAACCCUCUUACUCCUCCUCUGUCGCACUCAUACGACCACUCGACCUCGUGCUCUGAGACGGGCUUCGAGUAUCCCACCACCCCGCUGUCCAUGCCUGGAUCCCCUGCCCUCAUCCAGCACCAGCACUGA